CGACAGUGUUCGAGUCAAGGCCAUUGCAGCUACGGUACCUACUGUUGUCAAGAUCAAGUCAACAAAAGUUCAUUCGAGGAGACGAUGCCCGUAUUUAUCUGCCCGCAUCAUGCCAAAACACAUUCCACGUACGCCAUGCUUCAUUUCUGGAAGCUAACUUGAAGAACGGGUAGGUACCCUACCACACAUAAGUAAAAUUGCAUGCUGGGACGGGAGAUAAACAUAAAAAUAACUAUUAUUACAAAGUAGCUAAUUUCCCUACUCUACUCCCCCCUAUUUUAUUACACGGUAUGGCCGGAUCAUACGGCCCCGUUUUGCUUCUAACACGAAAAAGGGCAGAGGCAAUAAUAACGAAACUGUUUCAAGAGAAACUAUGACGAACGAUGCGCAUGGGCUGGGCGUUUGGUGGUUCCUUGCGUUGAGGUUCAGCCUGAUGGUACCAAGUGGAUUUACCGUGGAGAGUUCACAAUCUGUCGUGACCGUGGAAGAAUCUAGCAGACCGAAAUUCGACCAUGUAACGCCUCGUUUCUCACGGCCACUUGUGCUCGCCUUUCUAUCGAACCAAAACACUGUUCUUGCAAAAAAGACCAACCAUGGCCGGUACGGACAAUGCCCUAGGAGGCAGCAAAGUCCUCAAGUUGGCGGACUUUGUCGACCAUCAAGAUGGCCCGUUUGAAUGGAAGAACGUGAUCAAGACUGUUCGAGAUCUUGUCACUUGUAUCGUCACGAUACUGGAGGAGGACAACCCCGAAAAUGAUAUUGUAAGGCGUGGUUUGAUUGUCUUGUGCUUUAUCGGAGUGUCCGCCGAAGAAGGUUUUGCCACACUCCAAGAUGCCAGCGCCACCGCGAACGCGAUUGUCAAGGUACUGCGAGAAUUCGCCGACAAUGCCGAAAUCCAGUCCUUGGGAUUGGAUGCACUCAUCUUCUUGUCGGAGCAUCAUGGCCAAACGAUUGCAAGUACCAUCGGUGGGAUUCAUGCGGUGAUUGUCGACGCCAUCAAGUCACACGCAACCAACACGAAUGUUGCCAUUUCGGGGAUUCGUUUGCUCGGGUUCCUGUGCCAACGCAAAGCCCAUGUCAUAGAACUCAUUCAGGCAGAGGGAAUGACGUCGAUUGCUUUGGCCCUGGAGCAUCACCAGCAUCACCAGGAUAUUGCAUUUCGGGGCUGCAAAAUGAUGGCCUACAUGGCGUACUUUUCUCAAGCCCGAAGGGUCGAAGUCAUUCCUGCGAUAUUAAAGACAAUGCAACAGCAUGAGCACAAUGUCGAUGUUACCACAUGGGGCUGCGCGACAUUCGUCAAUCUCGCUCUGUCUCCUUCGUGUCAACAUGGCAUCGUCGAGGCGGGAGGGAUCCUUGUCGUUUGCAAGGCUCUGGAAACGAAUAGGAACGAUCAGUCCCUCCAGACGUUUGCGAUCCAGGCACUGCAUAACCUGGUUAUUAAUGGGGUUUCCAACAUGGGGUUGGUGCAAGCUUGGGACAAUGUCGGCAAUGUGUUGACUUCCCUGGAUGCUUCAAGGGACAACUUGGAAAUGCAGCGGGUGGGUGUCAAUAUUUUGCACGUCUUGACGACUCGUGUCGAGAAGAUCAAGGAAUCACGGGAACGCAAUGCCAUGGUUCGAGCUCUUCAAAGAGCCAUUCGUAUCUGUCCCGAUGAUCCGAACGUUCGAGAGCGAGGGCAGGAAGCACUCAUUCUUCUGGGUGUUCCCUUGCAAAGCUCUCUGCAGAAAGUGAUUGGACGCAUGAUGCGCUUGUAGGGUCGCGGGACUUUGGAAGCACAUGACGGGUAACAUACCACUAAGAGAAUUGUUUCAGGACUGUAUGCGCAUGCGGAGGGACCCAUUUGGGCUGGAUCGUCCACGUCGAUGCGUGCACGUCGUUUCCUUUGGCAAGCUUUCCUCGCUGACCAAUAAAUUAUUAUUGUUAAUCGUUGUACCGGUACUAGCUAGCU